CCCUGCCUCUCCCUCUCUCUCUCACUUUCUCUCACACACACACACUUAAACAACGAAUAUAUUUAAGUCUGUGAUGGAAACAUUUACGGAUCAGAUUGCUUCUCCACAUCUCCCCCAUCUCCAUGGUCACUGAUCAUCAGAUCCUCGGAAAUGUGUACCCAGCGCAGGUAGGCUACCUGGAACCGCAGAUCAAGUCUCACCAUGACGAUGGGCAAAAACUAUUUGAAUAAAUUGUGGAAUCAUCGGAUUAAUCAAGAUAUAUAAAAUCAGACCAGUGCAGGAUUCCAGAGUCUUACACAGUGACCAAACAGUCAGGAGUUCUCUUCUAGUGGGCACAUCAUCACACAGCUGACAAUCUGUGAAACUGUUCAUCAGAUUCGGAACUCAUAAGGAACGUGAAUGACCACUCAGGACAUUACACCACAUUGAGAGCUCUGGAUGGACCAACCAUCAACGUCCUCUGGCCUUGGGGGCCAGCUGUGUGUAGGUUCUCUGUGUGGGUACCCAGUUUGCUUUAGCACAUUAGGGCUUGUUAAGCGUGUUGUGUGUGUGUGUGUGUGUGUGUGGUAGUUUGGUGUGUGUAAUGUAUGUGUAGUGAGUGAUCUGAGUGGUGUUAAUAAGCAGGCUCAGACAGGCAGUGUAUGUUAGUGCAGUGGUUCGUGUAUCUGUGCCGGGCCAGCUGCACUCAUGGCUCGUAAACGGGAUGGUGGCUGCUGCCCCCUGCCCCUCAAUGAGGACAAUGCCCGCUUCUGCCUGCUGGCAGGGCUCAUCUUGCUCUAUCUGCUGUGUGGGGCAGCUGUGUUCUCCGCCCUAGAGCGUCCCUCUGAGCUCCGCGCCCGCCUCCUCUGGGACCAGCAGCUGGCCAACUUUACCCUGAGCCACCGGGUGAGCCUGGGAGCCCUGCACGCGCUGCUGCGUCAGUAUGAAGAGGCCAACGGGGCCGGGAUCAGAGUGGAUGCUCUUAGGCCCCGCUGGGACUUCUCUGGAGCCUUCUACUUUGUCGGCACGGUGGUGUCCACCAUCGGCUUUGGUAUGAACACCCCAGCUACCAUCCCUGGUAAGAUAUUCCUGAUCUUCUACGGCCUCAUCGGCUGUGCCGCCACCAUCCUCUUCUUCAACCUCUUCCUGGAGAGGAUCAUCACCAUGCUGGCCUACAUCAUGCGUUGGUGCCACGAGCGGAGGAUGAGGCGCUCGGGGUUGGGGGCUGUGUCAGGGGCCGAGGAGCCCCGCAGUGAGGAGGACAGUCUGGAGGGCUGGAAGCCCUCUGUCUAUUACGUGAUGCUGAUCCUGGGGGUGGCGUCUGUGCUGAUCGCCUGCAGCGCCUCCUCUCUGUACUGCUCCAUGGAGGACUGGAGCUACAUGGACUCCCUGUACUUCUGCUUCGUGGCCUUCAGCACCAUCGGCUUUGGGGACCUGGUGAGCAGCCAAAGGGAGCACUAUGAGGCCCAGGAAGCCUAUCGCCUGGGCAACUGCCUCUUCAUCCUCAUGGGCGUGUGCUGCAUCUACUCGCUCUUCAACGUCAUCUCCAUCAUCAUCAAACAGACUCUCAACUGGAUCCUGGCCCGGCUGGCUUGUCCAGGCCGACGCUGUCCCUGCUCGUGCCCUAAGAGAGGCCUCCGCAGGCGGGUCUGCUGCCCCUGCCUCCAUAAAAAACACUCUGGCUUGAGGCCUCCACCUGCACGACUCCGACAGCAGCACUUCAAACGCAACGCCGUGCAGCCCACCCCGUCCCAAGUCCCCACAGGGCGACAUCGCUACAUGGACGCCUCGGUGGAGACAGUGUGCGAUAGCGAGACGGAUGCCGGAGCGGGGGUGGACGGGGUCGCUGGGGGCCGGCGUCUCUCUGGGGAGAUGAUUUCGGUGAAUGACUUCACAGCGUCCAAUAAGGUGUCUUUGGCGCUGCUGCAGAAGCAGCUGUGUGAGACGGCCCAGCAGGGCCCCAGGCAGAGCCAUGUUCCUCGCCACAAUGGCUUCUCUGGGGGGGUGGGUGCAUUUGCCAUUAUGAACAACCGCCUGCAGGAGACCAGUGUGGACAGGUAGUCCCACCUGACCCCAACCAAACCUAUUCACACCAACUCAGAAAUAGAGCACUGUUUGUGUGGGUUAUUGAAAUAUGACUGCAGCUUGACUGGAUGCUGGAUCUUCCCCUGUUAUGUCUAAAAAAACUAGCAACGUUUCAUCCUCAGAAUGAGCAUUGUUUGUCGAUCAAACAGUAGUGAAACAGAACAGUUGGAUGCCACGGCUGGCCAUACAUAUUUGCAAAUUUGUUUUCAACGUAAAUCAUAUUGAGGUCAGCGAGAUUUCUAGUUGUAGACAUGAUUAUAGCCCACAGCAUAUCUCUGUUCUGUCUGACAGCUUCUCAGAAUGCCAGACAUUCAUGACAAUCACUGAUCUCCUAUUGAGACAGAAUGAUCCCGUUUGGUUCUGUGGGGGAGAUGCGGUGGACAGACACCUUCCAUUUCAACAGCAUAUGUCUGGAGAGGGUUUGAGAGGCUCAAGUGAUUGGCAGGAAUGCAAUGCUGAACGCAAUCAGGCUUUGUGUGGAGUAUGGAGAUGUGGAGGGGGUCUGGAGGAGACCCACUGAUUUAUGAGAGCCUUUCAGAUGUGUCCUGAGCUCCUCCACAACACAAUGGAUUUGCGUGGGGUGGCAUCAGUGAACAUAGAAAUGUACCCAUAUUCUGUAUUUGUAUCCUGUCACCUAAUGUCUAGGGCUCUGCUAGAGAACCCGUUGAAUAUGUAUCAUGGUUCAAUUGUGUUGCGUUAAUUAGAUAGAAAGCCCUCAGACACACAGUAUGAGAGCUGUAAAAGGAAGAUACAACCUCUUCAUCUUCUGAAGGCUGAGAUGGAGGUCACAUUAAAAUGCAAUGCAAUCAUCAAGAUAACUCUGACAAAUAGGAUAUUGAAAUAAGGCACAUUUAAUCAAAUAUAGCAUUUGGAAAGGUAUUUAUGUCAAUAAAUGGUGUGAGAGUGUGACUAUCUCAUCCAAUUUUUAUGGAUUGCCAAUUUUCUGUGUUCAUUUUAACAGUACCUAACUGAUCAGGGCCCCUCACGCGUAUGCAGGUAUUUCCCACAAGAGUCACCUUGAUCAUGCAUACUUAUCUCUUUACAACAUGAACAUCAUGUACCAUAUUAUCCUCACCAAGGUGUUUAAUAGCACAUCUUUAAACAGGGAAGUUCAAAAAGAAGAAGGCUGAACACUUUUUUAUUUAGAGACAACUCCUCCUGGUGGACAUACAUGAAAUGAAGUCUCUUCGUUGUCUGUGAUUCACCAUCCGGCAGUAAUCAUUUAAAACACAGUAAAACCUUUAAUGGUCUGGCAUAUCAAAAUAUUUGUCAUUAUAAAUAUGUAGUUGAAAGCUACUUGAUGGAGAUGUAAGUGGAUGCUGUGGUGCUCUCUAGUAAAAUCUCUGCAAGUUCUUAUUCAGUCAAAUCAUCUUU